GAAUGGCGCAUGCUCCAGGUUUAGGUGGCCGUGAAUUCUUAUGUUAACAGUAUCCAUACGUUCCUCCGACUUCCUAGACUCCAGUUGUAUGACUACACGCGACUGAACGAUCACGAUCCUGUGAUUGAUGAUGCUCGCACAAGGUCCUCCUCCGGGUGGUGCACCACCUCCUGGUGCGCCAGCGGGACCACCUGACGCCAGUAUGAUUCCUUCUAUUCCUUCACAAGCAGCUCAGGACACUGCGCAAGCGUUCGUUGGCGUUGCGAUCUCACUAAACGUCCUCGCGUUCUUGGUACUUGUUGGAAGAAUGUGGACGAGAUCUUUUCCUAUAUACCGUGUCCAGCCAGAAGAUUGGAUCAUUUGCGGAACAUGGGUACUCAUUGUCGUCGAUACGGCUCUACUUCUCUUGACCGUUCCAUUUAAAUUCGGCCGACCCAUAGAAUCUAUUACCCUCGCAGACGCUCAAAACGCACAGCAUUACGCUGUGCUCGCCCAACCGAUAUGGGCCUGGUCCAUGGCCGGCAUCAAGAUCUCGGUGUGUCUCAUGCUCCUGCGCCUACAAAUGGAAACACGAUGGCGCCGCAUCCUCUGGAGCCUCAUGGGAUUCGUCGUCAUCCUGACUAUCUACAACAUGGUAGCGCAACUGACGCAAUGCAUCCCCCUCCACAAGACGUGGGACCUCCUCGGCCUGGUUCCGGGCAAAUGUUGGGGACCGGACGCCAUCCGCGCAAACCUCUUCGCCAUGUCAACCAUCAACGUCGUCACGGAUUUCAUCGUCGCUCUGAUUCCCAUCACGUUUCUCCGCAAGAUCCAGCGCCCCGUCCGCGAGCGCGCAAUCAUCGGCACGUUGAUGGCGCUCGGCAUAUUCGCUGGAGUGGCGUCCAUCGUGAAGAUGGUGUCGGCGGUCAACUUCGGCAAGACGAAUGAUAUGGAUCUGGAUGGUAUUCGAGUGGGGAUGUGGUCGUUGGUCGAGGAGCUGGUGGGGUUCAUCGCCGCAUGCGUGCCGUGUUUGAGGUCGCCAUUCCAGCGCUGCUUGGAAUACUUUGGAUUGGUGUCGACGCACGCAAAGUCCAAUUACGGGAGGGGUUAUGGCCAUGUCUACGCGAGUGGGGCAGUGAAGAAUUCGAGAUCAAAGAGUGCGAAUAUGCCUGGUGUGAAGUUGAAGAGCCUCAGGAGCGUCGAUGCGCCAAGUGAGGAGAACAUUCUCGCGGAGAGUAGAAGUGCCCAUACAGGAAUAUCGGGAGGGGACUUGGGCGUGAGGGGACCACUCGACGAUGGAAAAGACCAUGGGGAUGGCAUUUGGUGCACCACCGAAGUAUAUCUCGAACAGGAAGAACGACGGACUCCCAGAUCAGAAAUGAAUGAUAGGAGGGAAGCGGGUUGGGAUGAUGAUAUUGCAAGACUGCACAAUAAGGAUUUACGAUGAGAUCGAUCAAAAUCAUUGCCCGAUCUCAGACGAUCUGGAUGGUAAUUAAGGCGUAAUGGCGUGUGUUUGUUGUUUCUUAAGAGAUACCACUGAUUUAAAGUUUACCGUUGUAUUGUUUCAACGUAAAAAGGAAGUAACUCUGAUACACACAUAGAACAAAAAGAAAGAAUUAAUAUGACAAUUGAUAAU